UGCUGGAAGAAGCACUAUGGGAAAGGAAGGUAUAUCUGUACCCAGAAUAUGUUUGGGGACAAAUUUCUUCUCCUUCCCUUGUGGAAAAGCUCCAAGGUUACCAAUAUGCUGCCAGGGGCCAGACAGUCCCUCAGAAGAAAGGUGUCAUAUGAUGUACUCAGGGAGGCCUCUGCCGCCGGGUGGUUGCACGUUUAGCAGCAGAGAAAGCCAGAUCGUCACUGAUGAGAGGAAGUCUAUCUUACUGAGCCACUGGAUAGCCUCUGUCUCUGCCACCAAGGCCACUUUGUACAUGGGCCAUCAAGAAAGCACUGUGAUGGCUGCAGAAAGAGGCUGGCUGACAUCACGGAACAGAUUUUUCUCUACUUGAUUAUUGAGAGUCUCAUCUACCAAGAUUGCUCUUUGCAAACAUACGACACCAGGAGAAGUUACUGUGAUUGAAGUCACCACUUGAGUAACUUUACAGUGGUUCCCAGGCAUUCAACCAAUGAAUCUGUCUCUUAUACCGGCCAAACAAGCAAAGGUAGCAAAUAAUCUCAGAAAACGUCCUGAUGUGAAAACGACAACUGAUUGGUUUGCGCCGAUCAUCUGGGAAGGAACUUACAACAGACAAGUCCUGGAAAAGCAUUACAAAAGGCUGAACAUUACCAUAGGCUUGGCUGUAUUUGCUACUGGAAAGUUUGUGGAUCAGUACCUGGAACAGUUCCUCCAGUCUGCUAAUAAGCACUUCAUGAUUGGCUACAAUGUUAUCUUUUACAUCUUGAUGGAUGACUUCUCCAAACUACCUCCCAUAGAGUUAGGGCCCCUUCGAACAUUUAAACUAUGUACUGUACUCAAACGACAUGUGUGGAAAGACUUCAAUUACAUAUACAUGAAAAACUUGGAUAUGUACAUCAUAGAACAUAUCCAACAUGAAGUUGACUUUCUCUUCAGUAUGACUGUAAACCAGAUCUUCAAGAAUGACUUUGGGGUGGAAACCCUGGGCGAGUCUGUAGCUCAACUCCAUGCAUGGUGGUAUUUUAGACAUGCUGAAAAUUUCCCCUAUGAGAGAAGACCUAAAUCAGCAGCUUUCAUCCCUUUUGGAGAGGGAGAUUUCUAUUACCAGAGUGCAGUUUUUGGUGGCACACCCCAUGAGGUUUUAGCCUUCAUUAAAGAAUAUCAAAAAGGAGUUACCAGUGACAACAGAAAUGGACUCAAGAGCAUAUAUGAACAUUAUUUAAACAAAUAUUUGUUUAUCAAUAAACCCACUAAGUUCUUAUCACCAGAAUACAACUGGGAUCCAAAUUUUAGAACUCCCCCACAAAUUAAACAUGUGAAGAUAGCAUGGCAUUCAAAGAGCAUUUGAUGGUUGUAUCAUUAGGUUUAUGGAUUAAUAAGUGAAUCACAAUAAUUCCUCAACUACAAAACAUUAAACGUCUCCGUGUUUUUGGAAACUUACAAAAAUGUGCAAUCUUCCAAAAUAAAUUGUUUUUCUCCUUGCAGUUUUAAACCAUCUAAAUCUAUCUAAAUUGGAGUAAGAAUAAAUGGAUGUUAAUUUAAUAUUAA